UUCAAUGUAGUGUUUGUAAACAAAUCAAAUAAUUUAUUUUUGUAAAAUUAAGUGCAAUAUGUAUGUUUAAAAUGUUAGAUAAAGUUAUAGUUUUACCAGUACAUUAAAAAAUUAACCAAGAUUGCGGCUGUGUGCAAUACAAAAUGAUAUCCGAUUUCGCGAAAGAAAAGGUGUUUUGGACGCAAAGAAUGAACCUACGUUUAGUUAAGUUUAUAGAAAAAAGACCCAACAUAUGGAAUCCAAAACACCCCAAAUAUACCUCAGUAGCUCAUAGAGAUAAGAUUUACAAUGAGUUCGCUGCUAGAUACGGGAACGAUUUUACCGGUCAGGCGGUCAAAGAGAGAUGGACGAAUAUACGUUCGACUUUCGCCAAUCAUUUGCGUAAAAUCAAGACUAGUGAAGCUAAUGGACAGGAAUACCAAGUCAGUUGGCAUUUAUGGAAUGCAUGUCAAUUUCUGAGGAAAGUAAGGAGAGGACAGAAAACCUGUAAAGAAAAUGAUAAUGAUGAGACUGUACCAAAUGAUGGGGAAGAAUACCAAAGCGGGGAAGAAACUUCUAAUAACAUCCUCUCAAAUAGUGGCGACUCUAUGUGCAAAAGUAUAGCUGAAAAUUUAUUUACCAUAUUUAAUGGAGUCAAAAAUGGUGGACUUGAACUAGAAAAUACUAAAUAUGGGAAAGUUGGGCGUUUGGUUACAAAAAAACUAAAUCAGAUGAACUCCUUUGAAGCAGCAAAAACUUCUCAGAAAAUUUUAGAUAUAUUGUUACUCUAUGAUAGAGAAAAUCCCUUGAAUCCCAACAAUUACAAGACUGAAAGUGUUUAAAAAUAUAAUUAUUUUUUAAUGAUUUAAGUAAUACUAAAAUAAAAUAUUAAACAGCUCAUUUGGCUUUU